UCGGCCCUUCAUGGGGGGGGGGGGGCGUGUCUUUGACCUCAGGUACUGGAGGUCGCCAACCGAAACCGGCGGGGUUGGGUAGAUCCCGCAAUCUAGGCUGUCGGAGCGCGUGAGUGGGCGAUUUCACGCUGACUUUCAGGAGCGGGGAGGAGGCGGACGCUGCGCGAACCGCACUCCUGACCCUACCACUGCGCCAGCCCGCUCGAAAGAAAAAGUGCUGGCCUCCACUUGGUGCGGACUGCGCCCUAGCAGCCGCUCUCGGCAGGCGGGUCUGGGGGUUCAGCGGCCUCCAGGGGAGGGCGGGACUGCGAGGCCGGGGUCCCUUUCGCUUUCCGUUUUCUCUCCAACCGCCGCCUAGAUUCCGCGCGAGGGCAGGCGGGUCUGGGGGUUCAGCGGCCUCCAGGGGAGGGCGGGACUGCGAGGCCGGGGUCCCUUUCGCUUUCCCUUUUCUCUCCAAACGCCGCCUAGAUUCCGCGCGAGGAAGGAGAAGGCCACUUCCCCAAAGCGCUCGUCUCCACCCGCUGGCGCACUCGCAAGUUCGCGAGGCACCGAGCCUUGCAGGCUCCCGUGCGCAGGUUGUGCCACGUGGCCUUGACCCCCGUGACUCCCUGCAGCUCCCACGGACGCGUGAACGAGUUCACCAGCACGCUGGAAGCGAACGAGUUGUCGGAGAGCCCCGCUGCUGUGGAGCCCCGCGCGCCAUGCAAUCCCUGCCUGACUGGCCCCCGACGCCCUGCGCCCUACGGCCCUCGCCCUUCCCGCACCCUGUGCUGCACUCUCUCCACGGCUUGGCCCGCGUACUACUCUUCCCAGCCUAUUGGGCCCUAGAUCAGCUGCUGGGUUGCUGGGCGCCCAAGGCUCGCCCGAGCAACUGGAGGUGGCUGAGCACAGCAGUGGGCGCCGGAGCGGCGCUGCUGCUGCUGCUGCUGCUUCUCAUCGGUCUGCCGCUGGCACUGCCGGGCCUGCUGCUCUGGCUGCUGCUGCAAGCCUGGCGCCGCCCCUUCUGCUACUGGCCCCCUUCGCAGUGCUGGACGCCCCCCGCGCCCUGGUACCCCCCAGCUGAGCCCGCGCGCUGCUUCGGCUUCCUCAGCGCCAACCUGUGCCUGCUCCCCGACGGGUUGGCGCGCUUCAGCAACUUGCAGCACAGCCAGCGGCGGGCCGAGGCGGUGGGCGCCGUGCUGCUCGCAGGCCUGCGGCGCUCGCGCUCUGGGACUACCGACUGCGGUCCGCCAGAGCAGGGGAUGCCAUGCGGGGUGCUGAUAGGCGCCAUGCCAGCGAGCCUGGACUUCGUGUGCCUGCAGGAGAUGUUUGAUCUCCGCGCAGAGCGCCGCCUGGUAAGCCUCCUGGCACCCAAACUGGGCCCGGUGUUGUACGACGUGGGCACAUUCGGCCUGCAGCCUGGACUGCACCUCAAGCUGCUGGGCAGCGGGCUGCUGCUGGCCUCGCGCUACCCGCUGCUGCGCGCCACCUUCCGGUGCUUCCCCUACGCGAGUCACGAGGAUGCGCUGGCCUCCAAGGGACUACUUUCCGCACAGGCUCAGGUGGGCAUCCUGGACGGGCGCCGCAUCGUGGGCUUCCUGCACUGCACGCACUUGCAGGCGCCGAGUGAGGACGGGCUCUUGCGCUGCAAACAGCUCACGCUGCUGCUGGACUGGGCCGAGCAGUUCGAGGCUGAGAGCCGCCAGAGUGACGAGGCCGUGGCCUUCAGCGUGCUCCUGGGGGACCUAAACUUCGACAACUGCUCGCUAGACCACGCGCAGGAGCAGGAGCACCAGCUAUUCCACUGCUUCCAGGACCCCUGCCGACUGGGCACGCGCCAGGAGCAGCCCUGGGCCCUGGGAACCUUGCUGAGAACCUCCAAGCUCCGCCACUCGGUGGCCUGCUCCCCAGAGAUGCUGCGGAGGGCCCUGGAGCAGGAGGAAGGGCGCCGCCGCUACCUGGCAGGUCCUCUCAGGGGAAGCUGCAGAGCGAAGCCCUGGCGGGGCCGGCGCCUGGACUACAUCACAUACCGAGGAGUGCCCGGAGGCCUUCUGAGCCCAGAGGUGGAACAGGUGACAUUCAGCACCGCCCUGGCAGGGCUCACAGACCACCUGGCCGUGGGACUUCGGCUCCGUGUUUCCAUGCCCUCCUAAGGCAGGCAUGCAGGAGGCAGGUGCCAGGACAGCCUCCUGUGCCCUGCGGUACUCAUAGACGCUGCCGCGCUCCGGGAAGGCCAAGGGCUGCGAGGGU